AUGUUCGAUACGUAUCAGUCAAUGUUAAUACACAGUUGCGUUUUGAUUGAUGUAAGCACUGGUAUCAACCGAACAGUUAUCGAUGAGAACGGAUGCUCUCAAGACACAUCUGUGAUGGAUACACCUGACUACGUUGAGCCGUUAACGGCGUUUGCUGUUGGCAAAGCUGUCAAAUUUCCAGAUAGUCCUUUAAUUCGAAUGAAAUGUCAACUGAAAUUUUGUGACCGUUUACUCGGCGAAUGUGAGGCGAUUUUGGUAGGUCUCUUCUGA